AUGCUUCUGUUUAACUUUAGUCGCGCCCGUCAAUUUAUCACUGCUAUAUUACUUUUACUUUUAAUAAGUGGAAUUAUCACAGUUGCGAUUCUGGUACCUCUAUUAAUUAAAUUUCGAUCUGAAGCAAAUGCCCAACCGUCUACUAUACCUGUACUGCGUUGGAAAUCGAAUGGUAUUACUGUUGCUGGAGUAACAGGCAGUUCUGGGGAUGCUAACUAUCAGUUCAAUCAACCUAAAAAAGCAGCUUGGCAAAGACCUAAUAUACUUUACAUUGCUGAUUAUCAAAAUAAUCGUAUACAACGAUAUGAAAUAGGUUCUUCAAAUGGUACAACUAUUUCAGGAAAUGGUUCUUUCGGUUUAGCUUCAAAUGAGUUGUAUUAUCCUGCCUAUGUCACAAUCGCUUCCAAUGAUGGAAUAGUUAUUGCAGAUAGGUACAAUAAUAGAGUCCAACUUUGGUUUAAUGGUAAUACAACGGGAACUACAAUAGCUGGAACCGGUGUCUCUGGUAGUGCCCUCAAUCAGUUGCACUAUCCAACCGGUCUUGCAUAUGAUUCGAACUCUAGUAUUCUAUACAUAGCUGAUUAUAGUAAUGAUCGUGUAAUGCGCUAUGUAUCUGGUGUUUUGAACGGUACAGUUGUUGCUGGUGGCAAUGGUUUUGGAACAAAUUAUACACAGUUAUGGAGACCGGCUGGUUUAUAUUUCGAUUCAUUCUCAAAUAGUUUAAUAAUUGCUAGUACCAAUGUUCAUGCUAUAGUUCAAUGGCCUUUAGAUGCUAGUAAUUGGGCACUAACAGCAGGAUGCGUUGGAAUUUCAGGGCAUAAUGCAACAUUACUUAGCUACCCUCAAGAUGUAACGUUGGAUCCUAUGGGUAAUGUAUAUGUUGCUGAUACAAAUAAUCAUAGAAUACAGUUAUUCAUGAAUGGACAAACUGAAGCAGUAACAAUCGCAGGUACUACAAGCAUAUCUGGUAAUAAUGACACAUUAUUAAAUGGGCCUUUCGGUAUCACAUUAGAUAAUCAACUUAAUUUAUAUGUAGCUGAUACAGGCAAUCAUAGAAUACAACAAUUUUUACGAUAUUAA